ACUUGUUGCAUGCUCAGGCCCCUCAGACUCAAACGUUGCAUCCUUCCUGGACCUUCAGAGUCAAACGUUGCAUCCUUCCUGGACCUUAGGUUUAGUAACCUAGCAAGCCUGGAAGGCUGAAGAAAGCGGUUUGCGUUCUGAAAAUCAUAAUCUUUGGUUGCUGAUCAACUAUCACGAUGACCUCGGCAGUCUGUGCGCGCCUCACGGGGGCGGCGCAUGUUCCUGGGGCAACGUGCAGCCCCCGCUGCGCCCAGAAGCUCGACAUGCCGACCUGCACUACAUUUGCAGUACCUGAAUUGCACAAAAUGUGUGCAAAGAGAAACUUGGGAGGAUACAGACAGACGAAUGUGGAGGCACUUGCUUUGUCCCUCUCCCGCACCUCGUUUCUGGGGGCGGGCAGCCAUGGGCUGUUGAGUCUCCUGACGUGUAAGGAAAGGGCGGGUAGCGCCAAGUUUCAGGUAGUAGCUAUCAAGAGGGGUGGAGGACCUCGGAGGAGGACAAGGGAAGCAAACCCCAUGGAGCAAGCGAGCAAGGGCCCCAAGAUGAAUGAGGCAGUGUUGGCAUAUCCAAAUAUUCGGUUGCUGGACCAGGAUCAGAAGAUGAUUGGGAUCGUGGCGUCCUCCGAUGCACUGCUCGCGGCAAGGAACAAGGAGCUCGACCUGGUCCUCAUCGCGGGCGAUGCCGAUCCUCCAGUUUGUCGAAUCAUGGACUACACGAAGUACAAGUACGAAAAGGACAAGAAGGCACGGGACACGCUGAAACGAUCAAAAGCAAACCGGGUGGAUCAGAAAGAGUUGAAAAUGCGGUACAACACGGAUGUCGGCGAUUACAACACGACGCUACGGAAGUGCAUGCGAUUUCUGAGAGCCGGAGACAAGGUUAAGUUUUCAAUGAACUUCAAGGCUCGGGAAAUGGGCUUCCAAAAACAGGGAAUCACGUUGUUCGAAAAGGUGCAAGCGGAAAUAGGAGAGUGGGGCGUUACGGAGGGGCGGAUCACAGUCGAGGGCCGGAACAUCCUCCUUAUGAUAGGGCCCAACAAGCCGUACAUAGAAAGAAUGAAACGGGAAGCAGCAAAGGCAGGGAAGGUCGUCGAGGAGGAGGAGUCGGAUGACGAGGAGGAAGAGCAGGAGUCGGAAGAGGUCGAUAGCGAUGAUGACGACGAGGAUGACGUCAGCGGGGAGGUUGACGUCAGCGGGGAGGUUGACGUCAGCGAGGGGGAAGGAGAUCUGCCUAUGUCGUUUUGUGUACGGACACGCGUGCAGAUGCUGCACGAGGAAAAUGAGUCCACGUGGACGGCUGUAAUGCGCUUGCGCUGCGGUCCCUCGUGGUCAUAG